AUGGCUGAAGGACCUGAUCCAGUUGUUGCUGAUCUCGAGCAAGAAGUGACCUGUGGCAUCUGUCAUGACCGCUACCAGGAGCCAAAGCUGCUCCCUUGUUGUCACUACUACUGCAAGCAAUGCAUCCUCACACUCUCCAGUCGCUACCGACCCAACCAGCCGUUCCCCUGCCCCGACUGUCGUGAGCCCACUCUAUUGCCAGACAACAACCCAGACAGACUGACCACUGCGUUCUUUAUCAACCGGAUGAAAGCACUUCACUCGAGGAUGGAGAAAGCCCAUGGCAAGUUGGAGACCACUUGUGAAAUGUGCUCUGGGGGAAAGGCCACUGCAUUCUGCCGACAGUGUGUCAAUUUCAUCUGUGAGGAUUGUGUAAGACCUCAUCAACGUAUGAAAGUGUUUGCUACACAUAUCGUCUCCACUCUGGACGAGCUCAAACAAGGCGGAGUCAAAGAACUAACAUUCGAAAACCCACCACCCCCAAAAUGCAAAGAUCACGAAAAGCCAAAAAAGAUUUUCUGUUUCGAUUGCAACAAGCUUAUCUGUCGAGACUGUAUCGUUAUUGAACACGCUGGACACAAUUACGAAUUUGUAAAGAAAGCCGCCCCCGCAACUCGCAAAAAGCUGACGGAGCACCUCUCCCCACUCAAGAACCUACUGCCUGAUCUGAGCACCGCUGUGAAUCAAGUGAAAGGAACUAAACAGAAGAUCCAGGCCCAGAAAGAACUGACAGAGAGACAAGUGAAUGCCAAGUUCCAGGAGCUACAUGAUAUUCUCAAUCGAUGCAAGGUCCGUGUUUUACGAGAAUCUUCUGCUUUGGCUGAUUCAAAGAUGGAGAAGCUGACAGUUCAAGAGAAGGGUCUGGACCUGUCCCUGGGCACUGCUCAGAGUUUGAUUGACUUUGUAGAGCGUACACUGGAGAAUGCAAGUGAUGAAGAACUGAUUACGAUGCAAGAGCAGGUGGUGAGUCGAAUCGAUGCCGAGGUGUUGAAGCGAGGGAAGGAAGCAGCCAAUCCUGAUCCAGUGGAGAAAGAUGAUUUUGGAGUCGAAGUGUUUGUUUGUGAGGAUCUCAAGAAGUUGUGUGAGAACAAUGUGAGAGUGUAUGAUGGUAAAGUGGAUCCAGCAAAGUGCACUGUGGAAGGAGAUGGAGCUAGAACUGCUGAAAUCGAUAAACCUAACAAUUUUUCGAUUCUUGUGGAAUGUAAUACACAAUUAAAGCAUCCUACAAUACAAGUGGUUUUAAAAUCGCUAGUUGAUCAAUCAUCUCAACAGCUACAAGCAGUGCCUGUGAGGGGUGGAGUGUACAGCGUUGAGUACACCCCUAGGAUACGUGGUCGACACCACCUCCUGAUCUCAGUGGAUGAUCAGCCCAUCCCAGGAAGCCCCUUCUCUAUGUUCAUUAAAAUACCCCCCACCAAGCUGGACAAACCAGUGAAGGUGAUAACAGGAAUCAAUAACCCUCGGUAUAUGGCAUUUAAUUCGUUAGAAGAACUGAUUGUAACUGACGGUAGUGGUGAUGUUUUGGUGUUUGACAAGAAAGGAAAACAAAUUCAAAUCUUCAGCAAAUCAAAGCAUGGGGUUGACAAUAUCUAUGGUAUGGCAGUAGACAAGGAGGACAACAUCUAUGUCUGUGACUGCAGCAAACACUGUGUGUACAAGUUCAACAAAAGAGGAGAUCUACUGAAGAGGUUUGGGACGAAGGGAAGUGGUCCAAAGGAACUCAACUGGCCUCGAGGGAUAGCAGUCGCUGGUGAUCAAGUGUUUGUGUGCGAUCAAGACAAUCACAGAGUCCAAGUGUUGACGACAGAACUGGAGCCAGUCAAGCAGAUUGGUUCAAAGGGAACUGGUAAUAGACAUUUUAACCACCCAGAGGAUGUUGCAGUGGACAAUGAACAAAUGAUGUAUGUCACUGACUAUGGUAAUCAUCGUGUUCAAGUGCUCACUAUGGAUGGUCGGUUUAUUCACUCGAUUGGAAAGAAAGGAAGUGGACAAGGAGAUCUGUCUGACCCGUAUGGUGUGUGUGUCACUGGUUUUGUUUAUGUUGCUGAGGAUAGUAACAAUCGUGUGUUAGUGUUCACUAAAGACGGUCAGUUUGUCACAUCAUUUGGUAAUGGUCAUAUCACUGAUCUUUAUGGAGUAGCUGUGGACAGUGAUGGUUUUGUUUAUGUGCGCAGUCAAGAAUCUGUUGUUAUAUUUUAGUUGUGUGUAGCAAUCUGUGUUUUAUGUGUAUGUACUGAGAAGCAGUUAGUUGUACUGACGAUCUUUACCUGCCUGCUGCCAAUUUUGGGAAAGAUCGUUUGUGAUUGUGUUAUGAUGAUCUUUACCAUCUUAUUACAAGUGAAAAUGAACAAGUACCUAGCACACUCUGUAUCUGAAGUUGCAUCAGUUGCAUGGACCCAUUAUACAACUACAGAGAGAGCAGAGCCACUGCUUGCAAGACUCCACUAUCAAUCAGAUCUCGAUAACCUCACUAAAAGUGACAAUCUCAAUGAACAAGAUUGAAGUAUAUACCGGUACCCACUGAUGACCAACCAAGCUCUGAAGAUAGACCAUUUGACCCCUACACGGCCCAGUCCCUAGUUUGUGAGCUCAACAACCAGGUGAUGAUGUCUCAAGCAUUAGCAGCAGAAGCCACGUUCAUUACACAGCAAGCUACAUUUGAGGUACAAGAUCAGCCCCUCCCCCCAGAGGAUGAAG